ACAUGCGAGACCAUGACCACAAAAUCGAGCUGGAGCCCGGCGCGCACCCUACUUUUCGGACUCAAUGGCGGCUGACUCAGCCUGAGCUGGAUGAACUUCGAAGCCAGCUGGACUACCUGCUCGAGAAAGGUUUCGUUCACCCCAGCACAACCCCGUUUGCAGCUCCGAUUCUGUUCAGCUCGAAGAAAUAUGGCGGUCUACGCAUGUGUAUUGACUACCGCACCUUGAAUCGGGUUACCAUCAAGUCUGCUAUCCUAUCCCGCGUGCCGACAAACUCAUCGACCAACUUUGUGGAGCCAAAUUCUUCUCGAAAAUUGACCUGUAAGGCGAGUACCACUAGAUCCGCGUGAACGAAACUGAUUGCUACAAGACGGCGUU